AGUGUGUGACACACUCCUAGAGAUGAAGUGAAAGAGGGGAAAACUUUCAUUUCCAAGUAAUAGCAGGGCUAUGGGUGAUUUCACCCAAAUGACAGAAUUUUAGAACAACUGCAGUGGACACUUCAGCGAAAAACAGAUGUCAACACAAUGGUAAUGUUUCCAACAUCCUGAUUGCUCUGACAUGCCUCGAAUUCUGUGGGGUUUUAUUCCUUUUUAUAUCAUUUCCUUGCUGUGCCCGGUGCCCAGGGGACAGGAAAACAACUCUAAUAAAGCUUCGACACAUGGAGGGACUCCAGAUGGCCCCUGUUACGAUGCCAAACAGCGGCCAAAGUACUGCAUCCCAGAUUUUAUCAAUGUUGCUCUUGGACAAGAGGUGAUUACGUCCAACACCUGCGGCCGAACGCCACAGAAACUCUGCUAUUUUCUGGAUUCCACAAAUGUGACAUCACGAAGGUGUCAACUGUGCGACCAGAAAAGACCUGAGAACUCCUAUCCACCCUCAUACAUGACAGAUACAGAUGCCCAAACAUGUUGGAAGUCAGAGAGUGGAAUUACAUUUCCGCAGAAUGUCACAUUAACUUUGCCACUGGGCCGUAGAUUUGAGUUGGUCUAUGCCAGCUUACGUUUUUGCUCACCCCGGCCAGACUCUAUGGCCAUCUAUAAGUCAAUGGAUUAUGGGAAAACUUGGAUUCCUUUCCAGUUUUACUCUACUCAUUGCCGCCGUGUUUACGACCAGGCCACCACAAGUGCGAUAUCAAAGCCCAUGCAGCACGAAGCCACGUGCACUGACUUCCAAACGGGCGUAAAACCUCUGACUAAAGGACUUGUAGCAUUCAUGCCUUUAGCCGGCCGCCCUUCAGCCCGUAGAUUUGAGUAUAGCCCUGUUCUGCAAGACUGGGUAACUGCUACAGACAUAAGGGUCGUGUUUAACCGUCUUCACCAUGGAAAGAAAAUGGGAAUUAGAAGGAAAACAGCUUUCUAUGGCGUUUCUGAAAUCCAGGUUGGAGGAAGGUGUAAAUGUAAUGGCCACGCAUCCCGCUGCACAGCCGGCAAAGAGGGACUAAUGUGCGAAUGUCAGCACAAUACAAUCGGCCCAGAAUGUGAUGCCUGCAAACCGUUUUACUAUGACAGGCCUUGGCAGAGAGCAACCCCAAGCAAUGCACAUGAGUGUGUGGCUUGUGAGUGUAACUUACACUCUCACCGAUGUCGCUUUAACAUGGAGCUAUACAAGCUCUCGGGUCGAAAGAGCGGAGGCGUCUGUCUAAACUGCCGGCACAACACCGCUGGCCGUCACUGUCACUACUGCAAGCAAGGCUACAAACGGGACCUGAGCAAGCCUAUCACCAGCAGAAAGGCAUGCAAACCUUGCCAGUGUCACCCAAUAGGAGCAGUGAAUGCAAUGUGCAACCAAACCACGGGGCAGUGCCAGUGUAAAACGGGUGUGACUGGUCCGACUUGCAACCGCUGUGCCCCGGGAUACCAGCAGAGUCGAUCAGCCCAUAUGCCCUGUGUCCGAAUUCAAGAAGAGAUGACAACCACAGCUAGUUAUCCCCAGGAGUGGAAAGCAGGGACAAAUGGUACAGAGUGCCAGUCAUACUGCAAGCCCUCCCAUAGCCGCGUGCAUAUGAACUUACGCAAGUAUUGCAAGAAGGAUUAUGUUCUUAGAGCUCAGCUCUUGUCUAUGGAGAAGUCUGGAGAGUGGUGGCAAUUUACAGCCACAGUGCUCACGGUGUACAGACAGCGCAGGGUGCCCAUACGCCGUGGGGACCAACCGCUUUGGGUUCCUGAUCACGACCUGGCCUGUGACUGCCUCAGAGUGCAAGUAGGAAAGUCCUAUCUGAUCAUUGGCAAUGACGAGGAAUCUCCAGAUCCGGCCCGCCUGAUUUUGGAUAAGAACAGCCUGGCCCUCCCUUGGCGAGAUGUGUGGGGCCACAAACUGAGACGUUUCCAGCAGCAAGAACGUCGUGGAAAAUGCAGAGUGGGAUAAAUAGGGCAAAGGGGACUUGUAUAGUUAUACAGCAGGGAUGUCAAGUUCAAGAAUGUUCCAGCUGCUAUGAACUGCACACUGAGUAUUUGCUGUUGUAGUCCAUAUCAGCUGGAGAGCAGUACGUCUGCUAUUAAUAUUCUACAGGUUGUGCUGGAGAUCAGCCGUCUCACAACCAGAGCUCGUGUAGAUUGAAACGCUAACUGCUAGCUGCACAUAAUGGGAUGUGUAUUGCUACCUCUGUAAUACAGAACUCAUCAGUCGGGAAAUUUGGCUAAAACACAGGCGAAACAGGCACCCAACAAUAAAUCUCAAGUAGAUAAUGUACUCCGAGGCUGCAGAAUGAUUAUUUAUAUUCUGUGAUCCCAGCAGGAAGUGCGCUUCAGCAUCCAGCAAAUCAUUUCCAUUCGGUUUUCUUUCCAUGUAUGAUGUAACAAAAUGUUUGUGCUUAAGAGUAUUUUUAUAUAUUUGUAGAAAAAAAAUAUGCUGCUUUCUCUUGUCUUAAAUACAAAUUACUGUACAAUC